AUGGACGCACGGGCACCCAGUACCGGGGACCCGGCGGAUGGGUUCACUGCGGUGAGGCUCAGCGAAAGCAACUUCGCGCUGCAGCGCCCGUUCGACGAGUCCAGCGGUGCACGCUACAGCUUCGACGGCACCGUGCGGAAGCUCUGGGUGCUCUCCUCUGACAAGGCUACGACUACAGCUCCGGCGUGGCAGUUCGAGGCCUACGGGUACGUCCCCUCCGGCACCACGGGAGUAUGUAUCAUGCAGGUGUUUGGCGCCGGCGAGGCCGCCAGCACGCUCAUGCUGCACGUCUACGAUGGCGCACUGCGGUACUACAACCGGCAGCUCGUCGAGGAUGCCAUCUAUGACAGAUGGUUCCGGCUGAACGUAGUCCACGACGUCGAUGCAUCGACACUCACCGUGUACAUCGACGGCGAGCAGAAGUUGCACGUCCAGGGCCGCGGCGGCCACUCGCACUACUUCAAGUUCGGCGUGUACGGGCAGCGCCAGGAGUCCAGCCGCAUGGAGUCCCGCUGGAAGGACGUCAAAAUCCUCAAGAAAGAUUAGAAUUAUUUGUGUGUUUAUGUAUGUUGAUGGAGUGACUAUGUUUGUACUGUUUAUGCAUGGAGUUCAGUAGUACGUAUUUUUUUUAGGAUAGUACAUAUUUAUUUAUUAUCAUGUAUAUACGAGGAUGUGUA